AUGCCUCUCAGUGGGGCCGAAAAAACUAGAAGAUAUAGAGAAAAGCUUAAAAGGGACCGCCCUGAAGAAUAUGCUGCUCAAUGUCAGAGAAAUUUACAAAAAAUAAAAUCAAAGAAAAAAAAGAUUUCAGAUAUGUCUUUAGAAGAAGCAAAAGCACAAAGACAGACAUGGCGAGAACAAAAAAGAAAGAGUAAAGCUCGAAACAAAAAAUGUAAAAAUAGCUUACCAAAUGAGACAUCGAAUCCUGAAAUAGAGACAGACGCAGCGAUGAAAGAAAAAAAUAUUAAAAGAUACCACAAUAAAUGUAGAGUACUAGUCACAAAAUGCCGCAGAUACCAAAAUUUGAUCAAAGAAUUAAAGACUCGAAAUGAAACCUAUAAAAAACGAAAUCAGCGCAUUACAAAAAGAUAUAUAGAAAAGAUUGCAGAGUUAGAGAAUAUUAAUAAAAAAAUGAAGGCGAGAGAGGAGAUUCUUGAAAGUACAUUAAAACGAACUUAUAAAAAUAGCAGAACUCACAAGGAAAAGAAAAUAUUGCGUCAACUGGUGCAUAAUGCCGAAAAUAAAACCUAUGUUUCAAAUAAGCUGGGCUUAAUUUGUAAACCUAAGGAAAAGAAAAAAAUAUUUAAGCGUCCAAAUAUACCGGAAAUUACAAAUUUUUAUUUAAGAGAUGACGUAAGUCGCAGUACAGCUGGACGAAAGGAAACUAGGACAAGAAAAAAAAUAAAAAAACAAAUAAGAUACCUAUCUGACAACUUAGUGAACCUAUUUAACAAGUACAGAAAGGAAGGUGGACGAUAUGGACUAUCUACUUUCAUUAAGUACAAACCAUUCUUCGUCAUUGCUCCGCGUCUAAAUUCCAGGGACACUUGCUUAUGUAUUAAACAUAGCAAUAUAGAAUUUCAGCACGAUGCUUUAAAGAAGGCUGGAGCAUUGAAAACUCGGACAAUAAGAAAUGUGUUGGAUAGCAUAUCCUGCGAUAUAAAAAACUACUAUUGCAUGUACGAUAAAUGCACGAUUUGCAGUGAUCUGAAACCAUUUUAUGAACAAUGUCCAGAUAAAAAUGUGUCUUGGUUCCAAUGGAAACGUGAAGACCAUGUUUACACAAAAAUGGAAGAACAUAAAAAAAAAGAAAUCACAACUAAAAAAACAGCAAAGGUAAUAAUAACAGGAAAUUUACAGGAACUGAAAAAUAAUUUCGAAAAAGACUUACAUAAAUUUAAAAAGCACUACUUUAACAUGCUACACCAACAAAACCAGUACCAGAUUGCUAUAUCGAAUCAAAAAGAUAAUGAAGUUGUCAUAGUUUGUGAUUUUUCUGAGAACUAUGAGGCAAAAUUAGCAAAUGAGGUCCAAUCCUUGCAUUUUGGCGCUUCAAAAAACCAAAUAACAUUACAUACUGGCAUGGUUUUUUGGAGAGAUGAAUCUCAAUCAUUUUGUACUAUAUCGGAAUCAAAUAAUCAUCGCCCAGCCGCUAUCUGGGCACAUUUAACUCCAAUAAUAAAUAUCAUUAAAAAUAAAACACCAAAUGUAACGAUUCUCCAUUUUUACACAGAUGGACCAUCUUCCCAGUACCGACAGAAAAAUAAUUUUUAUUUGCUAACUGAAUUUACAAAAAAACUUGGAUUUGAUUAUGCAACCUGGUCUUAUUUCGAAUCUGGCCAUGGAAAGAGCGUUGCCGAUGGUAUAGGAGGUUGUGUAAAAAGAACUUUAGACAGAAAAGUCAGCCAAGGAGUUGACGUAGCAGAUGCCGAAGAUGCACACAAAAUUUUGAAUGAGUGCCUAAAAGUAACAAAAGUUUUCCUUAUUAAAGAAAGUGAUAUAGAUGAAAUAACGGAAAUUUUUCCUAAUACCGUUCCGCCGCUGAAAGGAACUCUUCAAAUCCAUCAAGUUGUCACGCAAAAAGACCAGACAACAAUAAAGUUCCGUAAUAUUAGUUGUUUCUGUGGACCUGUUCGUGGCCAAUGUGAUUGCUAUUCACCUCAGUUACAUAAUACUAUAACUACUAGAAAAUGCCUCUCUUUCAACAAAAGAACCAAUCUUUCACAAAAUUUCGAUCCUCAACCCUCUACAUCUACUUCAAUUGCUAAAAAACGCCAAUCUUCCAAUAAAAUAAUCUAUCUUAAAGAAAUUGUUGAAGCUCAGAUUUCUACCACUACACAAAUUUCUAACCAACAACAAGAUUACAACAAAAGAGCCCAUCUUCCAGAAAAAGUUGAAACUCAGCAUACAUCUAUUCCAAUUUCUAAAAUACGCAAAUCUUCCAACAAAAGAGUCAAUUUUACAGGAAAUGUUAAACCUCAGCAAUUUACAUCUACUCCGAUUUCAAAGAACCGCCAAUCUUCCAAUAACUUUUCCAAAAUCUUCGAACCGCAAAAAACUCUUCAUUUGCUGCCUUCUGAACAUAAACCUUCUAUCAUCUCCCCUGAAGAACAAACAUCUCCUGAACAAAGUAGGCUAUCAAUGGUUUUCAAGAACAAUCAAUCUUAUUCUAAUGAUAAUAGUGGGAAGGAACUUUUACUUGAGAUAGGUUCAUUAAUACCCUCUGAUUUAGAUUCUUUCAAUAAUAUUAAUAUUGCUGACUCCGAAGACUUUGAGAAACUUGUCGAUCUGAAUGAUAUAGAAAUAUUACCAAUGAUUAUAUUACCAGACAAAAAAGACAAGACUAAGCCUGAAGUAACCGAUAAUACGAUAAAUGAUAGUAAUUUGAUCAAAAAUUAUAGUACAAGUAAAAAAAAGGGUUUCAUUGAAUGCCAGAAGUGUACAUGUACAAUAUUAGAUAGAAAAGCCAAAUGUAUGGCUUGCCAAAAAUGGUUUUGUGAGGAAUGUGUCGACGGUCCUAUAGAAUUUGAUUAUAUAUGUGAAAAGUGCUUCGAAGAUAUUAUAAAGGAGUUGAAAGAGAAAGGAUCAAUUAAGAAAAUAUCGCCCGAUCUACACAAGAAACUUUUAGCUACACCUUUACAAUGUAAUCAGUGUAGCAUAAAACCUAAGAACAUGCCAGAAUUAAAAGACCAUUUAAAAUCUCACUACUGUAACUAG